AGUUACGCCGCAUAAAGUGUUUGGCGUUUGUUUCCUGACAGACGCUGGGGUUCCUGCCGCUAUUGCGAUAAAAACAGCUAUUGUCGGGACAUCUGACGCUCAACACAGGUUUCUCUCCGUUGCAUAUUCCUAUGGACCAGCAGGCCCAGUCCUACAUGCUUGCCAGUCUGACGCGGCCCCACUCUGAGCAGCUGCUGCAAGGCCUCCAGCUGUUGCGGCAGGACCAUGAACUGUGCGACAUUGUGCUGCGAGUGGGGGAUGCUAAGAUCCAUGCUCACAAAGUGGUGCUGGCGAGCAUCAGCCCUUACUUCAAGGCCAUGUUCACGGGAAAUCUGUCAGAGAAGGAGACCUCUGAGGUGGAGUUCCAGUGUGUUGAUGAGGCUGCGCUACAAGCCAUCGUUGAGUAUGCCUACACUGGCACAGUAUUCAUCUCACAGGAAACGGUGGAGUCCCUACUGCCAGCUGCUAACCUACUCCAGGUCAAGCUGGUGCUGAAGGAGUGUUGCUCUUUCCUAGAGAGCCAGCUAGAUGCUGGAAAUUGUAUAGGCAUCUCUCGCUUCGCUGAGACCUAUGGCUGCCAUGAUCUCUGCCUGGCUGCCACUAAAUUCAUCUGCCAGAAUUUUGAAGAGGUGUGCCAGACAGAGGAGUUUUUUGAGCUGACACGGGCGGAGCUGGAUGAAAUAGUGUCAAAUGAUUGUCUGAAGGUGGUAACAGAAGAGACUGUGUUCUAUGCCCUGGAGUCGUGGAUCAAAUAUGAUGUCACUGAGCGGCAGCAGCACCUGGCUCAGCUACUGCACUGCAUCCGCCUGCCUCUCCUCAGUGUUAAGUUCCUUACCCGCCUCUACGAGGCAAACCACCUUAUCCGGGAUGACCACGCCUGCAAGCACCUGCUCAACGAGGCUCUCAAAUACCAUUUCAUGCCUGAGCACCGGCUCUCCUACCAGACGGUGUUGUCUACACGGCCACGCUGUGCUCCCAAGGUGCUCCUUGCUGUUGGAGGCAAGGCUGGACUCUUCGCCACCCUCGAGAGCAUGGAGAUGUAUUUCCCUCAGACGGACUCAUGGAUUGGGCUUGCCCCUCUCAGUGUGCCCCGCUAUGAGUUUGGAGUGGCAUUGUUGGACCAGAAGGUGUAUGUGGUGGGUGGCAUUGCCACACACAUGCGACAGGGCAUUAGCUACCGGAGACAUGAGAGUACAGUGGAGAGAUGGGACCCUGACAGCAAUACCUGGUCCACAGUGGAGCGCAUGGCAGAGUGUCGCAGCACCCUGGGGGUAGUGGUCUUGGCUGGGGAGCUCUAUGCCCUAGGGGGCUACGACGGCCAGUACUAUCUACAGUCUGUGGAAAAAUAUGUCCCCAAGGUGAAGGAGUGGCAGCCUGUGGCACCCAUGACCAAAUCACGCAGCUGUUUUGCCACCGCUGUGCUGGAUGGCAUGGUCUAUGCCAUCGGAGGCUAUGGCCCAGCCCACAUGAACAGUGUGGAGCGGUAUGACCCCAGCAAGGAUGCCUGGGAAAUGGUAGCCCCCAUGGCAGACAAACGGAUCAACUUUGGUGUUGGGGUCAUGCUAGGGUUUAUAUUUGUGGUUGGGGGACACAACGGGGUAUCACACCUGUCCAGCAUUGAGAGGUAUGACCCACACCAGAACCAGUGGACAGCCUGUCGGCCCAUGAAUGAGCCACGUACAGGGGUUGGCUCAGCGAUCGUGGACAACUACCUCUAUGUGGUGGGGGGUCACUCGGGGUCAUCCUACCUGAACACUGUCCAGCGGUACAACCCCAUCACAGACAGCUGGCUGGACUCUAGUGGCAUGAUGUACUGCCGCUGUAACUUUGGGCUGACUGCUCUUUGACCCAUGAUACCCCUGGGUAGGACUCCUUAAGAGAAGAGUUGGACGAAAGGCUUUUCUUUUCUUUUUUUCCCCCCGUUCAUCACCAGCAGGCUGAGGGCGGUGCCACACUGCCGUGAAUCCCGGCGAGCGAGCUUGCUGCUGGAUGAAUGUGCCCAGCUGGCGACAGGGGACCACCGAGCUGGCCAGAGUGAGAAGGGUCUGGUUUGGGUGGAGGAAGGCGCGGGGCAGGUCACCAUGGAUCUUGUCACAGAGAUGACCACUACUGCUGCUGGACCACAAUGAUGACUGCCAUUUUACAGGGGACUGUGGGGGAGAACUAAGUGGAGGGGGAAAAAAAAGAAAA